CGCCGGGGUUGCCAGUCGUGGGGGGGGGUGUUCCUGGAGAGUUCAUGACGUGACAAUCUUUUAAUUCAAGAUGAAUGUUUAAUUCCUGGAGACUCCAGCUGUCCCCUGUUAUCUUGGAGAGGAAAUGGCUGCUUGCCUGCUGCUUGUGCUUACGCUGGCUUCUGCAGAAGGUGUGACGUUUCGCUUUGCAUCCUAUUAUGGUGACCACAUGGUAUUACAGAAGAAACCAGCCGGCGCAGUGGUAUGGGGCUACGGGGAAUCUGGCGCUAAUGUUACCCUGUCUCUUUCCAAAGACAGCAAAGUAAUAAUGAAGAAAAUGGCACAAGUUGAAGAGCACUCGGAGACCUGGAAAGUUGUACUGGCUCCUAUGGACCAUGGUGGCCCUUAUAGUGUGAUGGCAGAGCAGCAUUCUAGGGAAGAGCCAAAGAAUCUGACGCUGCGGGAUAUCUACUUUGGAGACGUCUGGCUUUGCAGUGGGCAAAGUAACAUGGAGAUGACAGUUUCCCAGAUAAUCAAUGCCAGUAAGGAGCUCUCCGAGGCAUCUCUCUAUCCAUAUAUCCGUGUGUUCACGGCCGCUCUUAUUCAGUCUGAAGUGGAAUUGCAGGACCUGGCUAAGAUUGACUUGGAGUGGUCUAUACCGACAGCUGAAAACUUGGGUCACGGGAACUUCAGCUACUUCUCAGCUGUGUGUUGGCUGUUUGGCCGUCACUUGUAUGAGAUGCUCCGGUACCCCAUAGGAUUGGUGGAGUCCUCCUGGGGAGGGACUUGCAUUGAGGCCUGGUCCUCAGGAAGGGCGCUGCGGGAGUGCGGGCUCAAAGGCGACGCCAGACGGUUCCUUCUUCCCACGCUGCUUUCUGGCCCUAACACGCCCUCUGUACUCUGGAAUGCGAUGAUCCACCCGCUCCUCAACAUGUCCCUCGCGGGCGUUAUCUGGUACCAGGGUGAAACAAACGCCUUCAUAAACACAGAUCUGUACAACUGCACAUUCCCGGCUCUCAUCGCGGACUGGCGCAAGGCCUUCCACGCCGGGUCUGAUGGGCAAACGCAGCCGCUCUUCCCCUUCGGGUUUGUUCAGCUAUCCACGUUCCGCCGCCAGGACUGGGAUGACCGUUUCCCCCGCAUUCGGUGGCACCAGACCGCUGACUACGGCUAUGCGCCCAACAAGAGAAUGCCCAACACCUUCAUGGCCGUGGCAGUGGAUCUGUGCGACGAGCUCUCGCCCUACGGCAGCAUUCACCCCCGGGAUAAACAGACCGUGGCAUAUCGGCUGCACCUGGGAGCCCGAGCUGUGGCAUAUGGAGAGAAAGACCUGGUCUUCCAAGGCCCAUAUCCUACAAAAGUCGUGGUGGAUGGAGCCAGGGGCCUCAUUAACGUCACGUAUGGCCAGGAACUCCAGCUGCUUCUAAUGCACGACCGCAUCUUUGAGGUGUGCUGCUCUCACGGGCCCCAGCUCCUGGCUCAGGAGCCGUGCCAGUGGCUUCCAGCACCCAUGCUGUCUGCAUCUUCCCACACAGUGACACUGUCCGGCCCUGGAUGCUGGGACGCUGCCACCCGCCUGCGCUAUGCGUGGGCAGAGUGGCCGUGUGAAUACAAACAGUGUCCCAUUUACAACAAGCACCUGCUGCCAGCACCUCCCUUUCUUAUCGACUCUCUGCAUUAGGAACAGGCUGGACCAACGGCUAGGCGGCUGUAGGCACACAGCCAGGGCCUGAGCAAAUUCAUGCUCCAUUUUGGUAAAUUUCAUGCUCACAGGAUUUUUUAAAUCUUAAAUUUCACAAAAAGAACAGGAGGACUUGUGGCACCUUCGAGACUAACCAAUUUAUUUGAGCAUCAGCUUUCGUGAGCUCCAGCUCACUUCAUCGGAUGUGUCACGAAAAGCUCACGAAAGCUUGUGCUCAAAUAAAUUGGUUAGUCUCGAAGGUGCCACAAGUCCUCCUUUUCCUUUUGCGGAUAUAGACUAACAUGGGUUAGUGGGUUCCAGGAAGCAGCUGGCACGUCCAGCUCCUUGGCGCAGGGGUGACUAGGUGGCUCUGUGCACUGCCUGCGCCUGCAGGUGCCGCCCCUGCACUUCCCAUUGGCCACGGUUCCCAGCCAAAGGGAGCUGCGAAGCCAGCACUCGGGGCAGGGGCAGUGUGCGGAGCCCCAUGGCCCCUGUGCCUAGGAGCCGGACGUGCUGGCCGCUUCCAGGAGCCACAUGGAGCCAGGGCAGGGAGGGAGCCUGCCUUAGCCCCUCUGUGCCUCUGACUGGACUUUUAGCGGCUCGGUCAGCACUGCUGACUGGAGCUGCCAGGGUCCCUUUUCGACCGGAACGCCCAGCAACCCUAGUUUUGGGGGGGGGGGGGUCUGCCCUACUUCUUAGCAGUUUGUCCUGAAUUUGGCACUCUGUUGUGACCCCCGAGGCACAGUGGCAUCUGCACCAAUGGGUCCGGUGGGCAGCUGCAAAGGCUGAUGGCUCGCUUGGGGCUGCAGGGUGCAAUAUUCUGUUGCUUGUGCUCAAGCCAGGUCUAGAUUCCAUUGGACCGAACAGCGGUUCUGCUUUGCCCAGUGGCACUGGGAGGAUCUGUUUGUGUCCCUGACGCCACCUCCGAUGUGCUCUGCUGACCAGUGAAAUGAAGCACGGUAAACUCCAGGGAGCUCAUGCUGGGCUCUCUCCUUCAGCACCAGUAAAAUAGCUGCCCCAGGCUAGAGCUAGUCCUCACGCCCCCUCUGCCACUGCCUCGCACCUUGGGGAGCGAGCGGCUGCCCUUCCACAAGGACAGGCAGCAGCUCGUGCUCAGCGCUGGGUUGCCUCGGCUCUGCGAACAAGCUGAGAAUAUUUCUGUUCCGAUGUCAGCUGGGUUUGAAGGGGCUAAGAUGCAGUGAUUUUACAGAGCAGAACCACGUGUUCGUGUCACGGAAGAUGAUGUGGAAAGCCUUAUUUACUCCGCUUCUGUAUUCUUCUGAGUUGUCAGUCUGUAGUGUAAUUAACAGCCCCUCUAGAUGGAGGGUUUCUGGACUGGGAGGUUUGAUUAAGAUGUAUACUUUUCCUCCUCUUUAACUAGGGAUUCCUGUGUAAUGAUUAAAGUUAAUUCUAUUAUGAAAUAAAUUCUGUGCCUUUGUCUAGUGCAGGGGUGGGCAAACUUUUUGGCCACAUUAAGGUUGCAAAACUGUAUGGAGGGCCGGGUAGGGAAGGCUGUGCCUCCCCUGACCCCCCCUUUCCCCCCCCCCCGCUCCCUGACUGCCCCACCUCCUAUCCACACCCCUGCCCCCUGACAAGACCGCAGGACCGUCCUGGAUGUGGCCCGCGGGCCGUAGUUUGCUCACCUCUUGUCUGGAGUGAUGUUUCUCUUCCUGUAAAUUAUGAAAACUACAAAUAAUAAAGGGUUGGAGUUGACUGUG